AUGGCAGGCUCAAUCCGUCCAACAUUCAUCUCGAACAUGCAGAAGUUUCCAUUUAUUAAGAGACAAAUAUUCACAUCACCAAAAGGUGUUUCACAAAUAUAUCCUGGUUAUAAAUGGAGAUUUGCUGAACCAGAAACUCCAACAGCAUGCAAAUUGGGAGAUCCUCCAAAGGAUUGUCCAGGAUUUGAUCCAAGGUUAAGAGGAUGGUUUAUGGGCACAGCCUCAACAUCCAAAUCAAUUAUAAUUAUCUUGGAUGUUUCAUCAUCAAUGGGUGCUUACCAUAGACUGGAGAAUGCAAUUUAUGCAACUCGUUCAGUUAUCAAUUAUCUGACAGAGAAGGAUUAUGUUGGAAUAGUACUGUUUAAUGCUGGCGCUUUUACUUGCAAAAAACAAACAGAGUUCCUCCUGAAGGCAACAGCACAGAAUAAGAAAACUUUGAUAGACUGUAUUGAGAAUAUGAUGCCCUUUGGUUCAACUAAUUUUGAAGCAGCAUUCAAUGAAACUUUUAAUUUGUUUGAUAGAUCUGAGGAAAUAGCCAGCUCUACAUGUGACAGGGUGGUGUUGUUCCUUACUGAUGGCACAAUUACAAAAGGAGCUAAUCCCAUUCCACUUAUACGUAAAAGAAACAUUGAAUAUCAAGCAAAAAUAUUUGGCUUUAGUUUGGGAUCAGUGGCAGACACAGAAAUACCAAAGAGAAUUGCUUGUGAGAAUCGUGGGCUUUGGAGUGUAAUUGAAGAUAAAAGAAUUCAAGAUUUAACCACGAGUAUGGGAUCGUACUAUGAAUAUCUCAGUGCAAGAUAUGAAGAAAGAGAUGCAACUUGGAUAGGUCCUUUUGGUGAUGUAACAGGGUUGGGAAAUGUAGUCACUGUUUCAACUUCAUGCUCAACUUCUAAGGGAAGGUUUUUGGGAGUUGCAUUAGCUGCCAUUUCGGCCAGAUUUAUUGAAAAUUCAACAGAAUUCAAAGAAAGAGCCCAAAGAUUUACUUGUCCAAAGAAAAUUCCAGACGAAUAUCUUCAAAUGUUGAGAAUUGAAGAAGGAAAGAGUUGUAAUUAUUGUGGAUAUUGUAUGGAUGAAGAAUCCAGCACAAGUAUGUGGAUUACAAUUGGAACCUCUACUGGGGUGUUGUUAUUAGUGUCAUUCUUACUGUUGUUGACAAGUUUUUGGCUAUGUAGAAAGAUUUAUGUUAGAAGGAAGAAAUGGAAGAUGAGAAAGAAUAUGGUCAACACAUUAAGAUAUUCAAAUUCAUGGAUGGAUUUGACAACCUCCAAGAGAAGGCUGGAAAAAGUGCGUCUUCCAUCCAAGCUCGGAGGAGAAGAGCUUGAGCUCAAUAAUGACUAUUCAUCAUUUCGAAAUAUUUAA